CACAAUCGCGCUCUGCAGCUCGGCUCCUCGGCCCGCCCUCCGGGAUGGCAGUGCGGAAGCGGAAGAGGCUGACGGGCCGGGAAGCCUGUCUCCGGUCUGGCCGGGUCCCCGGGACCGGCCGCCCGCCGCGAUGCCGAGCCCCCGGAGGACCAUCGAGGGACGGACGCUGGGCUCCUCGGGUGGAAGCAGCGUCCCGGGCAGCCCGGCCCAUGGCGGCGGCGGCGGCGGCAGGUUCGAGUUCCAAUCGCUGCUGAACUGCCGCGCGGGCGCGGACCCCGCCUGCGCCCGGCUGCGCGCGUCCGACAGCCCGGUGCACCGGCGCGGCUCCUUCCCGCUGGCCGCCUCGGGCCCCGCACAAGCAGCCCCGGCCCCGCCGCCGGAGGACGCCCGCAUGAACUUGAACCCGUCGUUCCUGGGCAUCGCCCUGCGCUCCCUGCUGGCCAUCGACCUGUGGCUGUCCAAGAAGCUGGGGGUGUGUGCUGGGGAGAGCUCGGCCUGGGGCAGCGUGCGGCCCCUGAUGAAGCUGCUGGAGAUCUCAGGGCAUGGCAUCCCCUGGCUGCUGGGCACCCUCUACUGCCUGCUUAGGAGCGACAGCUGGGCCGGGCGCGAAGUGCUGAUGAACCUGCUCUUCGCCCUGCUGUUGGACCUGCUGCUGGUGGCUGUGAUCAAAGGGCUGGUCCGCAGGCGCCGACCCGCGCACAAUCAGAUGGACAUGUUUUUCACCCUCUCGGUGGACAAGUACUCCUUUCCCUCGGGCCAUGCCACGAGGGCCGCCCUGGUGUCGCGGUUCAUCCUGAACCACCUGGUACUGGCCAUUCCACUGAGGGUGCUGGUGGUCCUGUGGGCCUUCGUCCUGGGUCUCUCCAGGGUCAUGCUCGGGCGGCACAACGUCACCGAUGUGGCUUUUGGCUUUUUUCUGGGCUACAUGCAGUACAGCAUUGUGGAUUAUUGCUGGCUGUCACCCCACAGUGUUCCAGUUCUUUUUGUGCUGUGGAAUCAACAGUGACACCAUCUCAUUGAUUGUUGACACCAUGAGGUCUGAAGGAGUCCACAUUCGAGGGUUCCGACCUAAACCAGAGCCAAUCAGUUGCCCCUCAGACGUUUUAGGCGCCUUUGGGAAUUCUGGGAUCCCACUGUCUUGACAUGUUCCUAGACCGGAGCACAUGCUGGCUAUUGAACUAGAGAAACAAAGUCUAUUGUGUAUGUAUUCGACAGCUAUUUAUCACCAAGACAACUGCAGAGAAAUCAAGCUGGCUGACUCUAUGAUUGCUAUUUACUUAAAGUUGACAAUGUUAAUGAGUGAUUCCCCUUCCCCCCAAAAAAUGUUAAUACUUGUAAAUUAAAUUUUAAGAGCCAUUAACUAGAUAAACCAUGUGCUAUUUCCAGCCCUUUACCUGCGGUAGAUUUUAAACAAUAACUUUAAAGUUCAAAACAGAUUUUUUUUUCCAGUUUAGUCUCUGAACAUCUGUUGCCAUAAUUGGGGCUUUUUUCCUCCUCCUGAUUCCUUAAGCUCUCCCCACCCUUGUGGACUUGGGAGUAAGAAGAGGUCCCAUGGAGUAGUUGCCUUUCUUCUCCCUGUACCUCUCAAAUAGUCUUAAGAUAUUUACUUUCCACUACUCUCUAAUGUUAUCUUUUAGCACUCACAGAACACACCAAGAUGUCGAAGAAGACAUACUCAAAAAGUGGGCUUGUCUAAGGUUCCCACAGAAAUGUAAGUAUGAGACUACUGUUUCAUUUCCUAAUCCCGUUGACAAGUAGCAUACCAGAGGGCUGAGCUACUGGGGAGUCAGGAGAACUUAGAGAGUUUGGAAGUAGGCAGGUCAGGAAGUAGGCUGUGGCCAGGGGCUGGAAAUGAAGCCCUGCUUCAUCUCUACUGUCAUCUCUACUGAAUAGAGCAAAUGAUCCUCUACUAAGUAAAAAAUAGAAGAGCGAUGUGGUUCUUUUCAGUGUGCCUACAUAGUGUUCCUGUGUGUACCAUAAGGAUGAUUGUAUGCUAUUCUUUUCCCAUCAAUCCCACUGUGCUGUAUCCAGCACAUUUUAGGUAACAAGACUUGAAACUUUUCAGGAGAGCCUAUUGCCCUACGUGAGCAUUAGGUCUAACUCUUAAAUUUCUGUUUACAUUGAAAGCUGUUCAUUUGUGGUGCCUCCCCCACUCAUAAGACCAAAGAUGACCAAAUAAUAUGGUAGACUCUGAUUACGGUCUGACCUAGAAAGGCCAAAGAGGGUAUGUUCAUUAAAUCUGUAAAUGUUGCUGUGUCUAGAAAGAAAGCCUUUAAAUCACUGGUGACCUUGGCAUCAUCAGAUAAUCUCAAUGGCCAGUUGUUCUGACAUUUAUAAAUAGAAAGGACUGUGGGCUAUGGUCUAAUGUUCAAGGAUGUGGGUGGACAGGACUGUGGAAAAUGGAAGUGAUAAGCCAGUCUCAGUAGAAGGAAAUAGGACCCUUUAGAGUGGGAGUCAGGUACACCAAUAGGAACAGCUCCUCCAAUAAAUAAAAGUUAUCACAUUCCCACAAACACCUAAACACAGACUACCUCUUCCCUUAUCAGAUCUGCUAAGCUGUGAGGUUCUAAGAGGUCUGGGUGUGUUUAAACUUUCGAAGAUCAUUUUUCAUUAUAACAUCUGAAAGUUACUGUUCUUAUAGUGUCCCCAAGUCUGCUACCUGAGGGCCUGUCUUCUAGUUUCUAGUUGCACUUCUGAAAUUCCAUGUUUUCUUAGCUGGGGCCCAAGUUUGCUGGCUUUUAAAAUACAGAUCAGAUCAAAUUUACCCGACUUCAUGAAUAAUCCUAAAUUCUUUAGAGUAAAAAACUGAUUUCUUUGUUAGUUACUUGUACAAUGAAGGAUGUCUUUUAAGAAAAUCAAAAUAAAUUAACUGGUAAUGUUGAAUGAUA